AUGCCGCAAAAAGAAGGUCGUUAUCAAAGACUUAUGUUAAAAAUAGCUUGUCUUUUACCGAAAAGAUUUCGUGCUCUUUUUUUACAUCCUGCAGGUCCAACGACUGUAUUUUUUUGGGCCCCAACUUUCAAAUGGGGCCUAGUGGCAGCCGGAAUAGGGGACCUUACACGUCCUCCAAACGCAAUUUCAUUAAGUCAAACGGCUAGUCUUAUGAUAACGGGUGCUAUAUGGUCCAGGUACUCAUUAAUAAUUACACCAAAGAAUUAUAACUUAUUUUGCGUAAACGCCUUUACCUGUUUGACGGGAUCAUACAAUUUUGUAAGAGCUGUCUUAUAUCAAAUAAAGCAAAGCUCGAAAUAA